AUGUCGUACUUCCUACCUUCGUUCAUCCAGAAGCGCUUGCUGAAAUAUGCCCUAUCGCGCCUGGGUAUUGUCGAUACCGAUGCAUUGGAUCCCGAUAACCUUGGGAUACGCUGGGGACAGCGUAGUACGGUGGAACUGAGGGAUAUCGGUUUGAAGCUAGAGAAAUUAACAACUCUUCUCAACAUCCCUCCCAACUUCGAACUACUUAGUGCCCGCGUCCAUCUGCUUCGGAUCACCGUUCCGGCCGACAUCUACAGCAGCGGUAUAGCCUGCGAAGCCUGCGGCAUAAACGUACAUAUUCGAGUUCUCCCAGAUGAAGCAGCUGCAGAGAAGAAUGCUACCUCAAGUCCGCAGUCAUCUUCUUCGAAUCCUCCUGAAGAUGAGCGAAUUCUGCCCGACGCGACAAAUUUGGCUCACUCAUUUCUGGAGACCGAGCCAACGGAGGAAAAGAAAGAGCUGCAGGCCGCCUUGUCAUCCCAGUCACAUAUACUGCACAGGAGUAACUCUUCCACAGAUGAUGAGGAUGAGGAGCUUGGGCUGGGGAACGAAACAUUAUCACUUCCGAGCUUCGUUGCAGGAUUUCUGAGAGGCGUGGCGGACCGUUUUCAGUUGAAGAUCAAAAAUGUGGCCGUGAGGCUGGACAUGGAACUGAAGCAGGAUGGCCCCUCGAAGAGAUAUCCUGAGAAUAAGCCGGAUCUUGUCUCAGGCUUGCUGACCGUCGGCGAAGUCGACGUACACGGCACAUCAGAGUUUACUGCUGGUCGAGACGAGCCGCUGCCAGUACGUGCCGGCAAACGGCUGGUUGCGUGUUCAGGAAUUGAUUUCGGUCUCAUUUCCGACUCGGGUGUUUUUAGGAAUUAUGCCCGAUUUACUGUGCCAGCGUCUCCAGCCACAACAAUGCGAUCAAAAGACAGUCAAAGUCCUGAAAGGACUUUUUCUCCUCCACCAUUUCAAUCUUCAGACUCAGAUUUGGACUUGGCUAUGACAAGGUCGACAAUCUUUGAACCUUCUUACGGUCCCAAUGACGGCGAAGAUAGUGAACAAGAUAAUAGCGACAAUACCUCACAUGGUCACAUCGCUGUUGAUUGGAGCGCCGCUAGAGAACAUGCAAUUGGACAGCCGACUUCACCUAUCUCCUCAAACGGGACGCCUUCCCAUGAUGGCCGUUUCUCAGACGCGGCUUCUGAAGAUGAAUUCACGCACCACACCUCCCUUGACGAUUCUCGGGAAUCUUUAAGCGAAAUUCCAUUCUUGGACAAUCCUGAUUACUUGGAAUCUGUGAUCGAUACCCAAUUCGAUGACUUCGAUGAAGAACCGCCCGCUCCGCUUCGGCCUCGAAGGCGGCAAAUUACAGAAAGCUUAUCCAAUCCCGAAAAUCUGCUUCCUGAAAAUCAGUGUCAUCAAAAUCAUCGAGACGAAGCGGGAGCUCCUGAAUCGUUCGAUCUUGAAGAAGUUGCAGAGAAGUCAAUUUUCGGGGAAUCGGGUUCACGCGAUCAAUAUCAAAUCCAUUCCGAGCCCGUCGGCUUACCCGGUUCUCAUGAUGAGAUGAUGUCUUGCGGGGACGUAGAUGGGUCUCUAUCUCAAACGGGCUUGGUUUCGUCGAUUCACUUGAAACAAGGCUCUCAGUCCGAUGGCGGAAGUGUGUCUUCUGAGCAAGACACAUCUGGUACAGAUCUCAUGGAAUCCCAGUACUUCUCCCAUGACGAGGCUCAAAGUUUGUAUAUGAGCGCUUUGAGUCAAGGUGGUUCCUUUGCGCCGAGAAUGCCGGGUGCAUGGGAGUCAACCCAUCCCCAGUCAAGCACAGGAAGCUGUGCGCAGACUACCGAGGACGAAGGUGUUCCCACGGCCGGACAGGAUCCAUCCAAUGUAUCAACGCCAAGGGUAAAUGAAGAAUCAACGCGUUCUUACUUUGAGGAACGUGUUGAUCAGAACCAUUUCUCGUCUCGAUCUGUACCUACAGAUAGGAGCCCUACACCAACGCCCUCAUUGCCGGUCAGCAGCACAUCGGGUGAACAGAGGAAACCUAUCUUGAGCGUUGAUAAAGUCCUCAUAUGGUUACCGUCAAAUCUCAGCGAGGUAGAUUCAGACAUGGCCGCUCCGAAAAUGCCUGCGGAACAGACAGACAGUGAUCCCAGAAAUGUAUCAUCGCGUGAGCCUACAUACGAGGAUAGCAUGUUGGCUUCGAGGGCUUAUGCAGCUAUUGGGUCGCCGAACAACUUGAACGAGCCCUACCUGUCACUUGGAGAUAGUAACGAUGGCAUUUCAGGCAACAAAUCAAUCGCAGUAGAGAUUUUUACAAUUUCUAUUCAAUUCGACAUCGCUAUUGGCUGGCUUUUGAUCAAGGCAGGUCAGUAUCUCAGCUCGGCGUUUGGCGGCCGUGAUGAUGGUCAGCGGAAGCAGUCCGGCUCGUCGGAACAACCUACUUUGCAAGCAAGCCUGAGGGUUGAUACGCACAGCAUAUCAGUCAACUUCGUUGAGCACGUGGUCGAAGAAUCAUACGUGUUCCCACAUACGUUUGUGACACCACCUUUCUCUCCAGAUCAAGAAGGCCUGAUCUUGCAAGUCAAGGCCUCAUUAUUGGCAUUUCAUAUGUCCACGAGCGAGAGGCGCACAGUCCAGAGACUUGAUAUCUCCACUCUCACCUUUGGAACAUCCUCAGAACAAAUCAUCUCCUUCAAUGAAGGCUUGAAGAUGCGUACCUCGACGCGGGACUUUGCGGUUUCGUCCCAAAAUGAUAUUCACAUCUCUCUGACGAAAUCCGCAGACGCUGUCAAGGUCGACGUUUCGACUCUUCCUUUACACAUCAAUCUCAAUAUACAUCAUUUAGAGGAGGUUCUCGGAUGGAUGGGUGGUCUCAGCUCCAUCCUUGAACUUGGGAGCUCGAUUUCGUCCACGUCAACCAUGAAGGGUGCACCCGAAGUGAGUAAAAAGCGUCCACGUGCUGUUCACUUUGAGACACCAGCUUUUGCUUCUCUUGAGGAGAAACGAGUCUCUGUUCCUUGGAAAGUGAAUGCGCGAUUGGGAGGUGUCGUGGUUGAUGUCAUUGGUGAAUCACAUUACAUCAAUCUCAGCACUACCGCCAUAAAGGUCGUCAGUCGAUUCGAAGGUGUUGGCGUCCAGAUUGACAAAGCCAGACUGACCGGACCGCACUUGGUCGACAACUCAUCUGACCCACCUGCGAAGUUGACUUUGUCCAACAUCCGCGUCGAAUUCUUAUUUUCGCCGAAAGAGAUCGACCUGGAUCGUCUCUUAACCAUCAUUACGCCAUCUAAAGACAGAUAUGAUGAUGACGAUGACAUUAUGGUUGACACCCUGCUUCGGCAACGAAGACAGGGGUCAGUUCUCCGGGUAACGAUUUCAGGCAUGAAGACGGUGAUUUCGAACGUGUCUUCCCUGGCGCCACUCAAAGUGCUUGGCUCGGAGUUAGCUCGGCUAUCUACCGUAACGAAAUAUUUACCUGAGGAUGAUCGCCCAGGCAUUUUAACCUUGACAUUGGUCAGGGAUCUUGAGACACAAGUUCAUUUGGGAACGGAAGUUGGGGACAUUAAUUGUCGUCUCACCAACGCCGAGGUCGCGUGGAUUAGCAUGCCUUCCUUGGUUGCAACCCAGAUUGAGACCAUAGCCAUCACUCGAAAUCGUGGAGAGGAACUGAUUGGUGAAGCUUUAAUGUCGAUCAAAGAGCAGGGUCCUGCUAUGUCGCAUCCGCCUAUCUUCAUGGCUCGGUUCAUUCCAGAUGAGAUGGAUCCCACGUUCAAGAUUAAACUGCAAAACCUGCGCGUCGAAUACACAAUCUCCUCGGUUUUGGCAUUCAUGGGGCUCAGUGAAAGUGUAACUGGGGGAGAACUGGCAAGUGAGAUGGCAAACUCAAUCACCAAUCUCGCUGACCGCUCUGGUCAAUUCGUUGGGUCGUCUGGUUCCCCUACAUCUGAGAUCAGGGCGCCUUCUUCGUCUGAGAAGCCCAUCAAGAUUGCGGUGGUCUUUCAGGAUUGUGUACUUGGUCUCAACCCGCGUAAUUCGCCUGCAAAGGCUCUUGUGGUUCUAACGAAUUCCAAGUUCGGUGGUGCGGUGCACGGGGAUGAAUCGUCGGAAGCCAAUCUUGACAUCAGAAAAGCGUCGAUCCUCAUAAUUGACGACACCAAAAAUGAGGGAAGCGUUGACAAUCUGCGACAGCGCACCUCAGCAGUCACUCAGAGCGAUCAGGUGCAAGAAUAUAUCUCACUUGGCUAUGUUCCCGUCUCAUCUUUGUCCACCGCGACUGCGGCAGUCAAGAUUAUGCGACUUGCUGAAGACGGGUCCAAGUCUCUCGACGUCGAGCUGAAAAACCGUCUCUUGAUUCUGGAAACUUGUGCGGACUCAACCCAGACUCUCAUCAACAUCUUGAAUGGUCUUCAACCGCCUACCCCUCCCAGUGUUGCGGUCAAAUAUCGUACCGAGGUCACGCCACUCCAGGAUAUGCUCGCCUCUUUCUCGGGCAACGACUUUGAUGCAGAAGUCCAACCAGCGCGCUCGCCUGAAGGUACCGCAGAAGUAUCUGAGGUUAAUAGUGAUGAACUCGAGUACGUCAGCGAAUUCUACCCUAAAGGCUACGAGCCUCCGGAUGCCACUGCCUCGGAGCCGCCCGAGGUCAGCGCCAGUGGUGAACUGGCUGAUAGCUUUCAGUCCAAUUUCCACGUCUCAUCGAGUCUCACCGAGCUUGACUUUCAAGAGGACCAUUUCGCCAAAAGUUCUGCUGUUGGAGGAACUGCACAUCGCUGGGAUACCGCGGAGAACACGUACGGUCUCUCCAAUGAUCAAAAGCUUCACAAGAGUCCUCUGCGCGUCAGAGUGCGAGAUGUGCAUGUGAUUUGGAAUCUCUUCGAUGGCUUUGACUGGCAACGAACAAGAGAUACCAUAUCUAAAGCCGUCGAGGAAGUUGAGAUGAAGGCUACGGAGCGACGGGCUCGAACAUCCCGCAUGUUCCCAGCAGCUGAAGAGGAAGAAGAAUCUGUCAUUGGCGAUUUCCUCUUCAAUUCGAUUUACAUUGGCAUACCCGCCAACAAAGAUCCCCGGGAGUUGCAUCGAGAAAUAAAUCGCGACAUCAACGACCUCUCCAGCGAAACUGGAAGCUAUGCUACGUCCACGACCGUCACUGGUGUUACGCCUCGACAAGGCCGUUCUACGCAUGUGAGAGAGAAGAAGAAGCUUCGCUUGCAUCGUAGCAAGCAUCAUAAAAUGACAUUCGAGUUGUCGGGUAUAUGUGCGGAUCUCGUCGUCUUCCCGCCUGGUUCAGAAGAGACUCAAAGCUCCCUGGAUGUACGCAUCAAGGACUUGGAAGUCUUUGACCAUGUUCCUACUUCGACAUGGAAGAAGUUCGCCACCUACCUUCAUGAGGCUGGUGAGCGCGAGAGUGGGACAAGUAUGAUUCAUCUGGAAAUCUUGACAGUGAAGCCGAUUCCGGAGCUCGCAGCAUCGGAGAUCGUCUUAAAGGCCACCGUACUACCACUCCGGUUGCAUGUCGAUCAAGAUGCUCUUGAUUUCAUGAGUCGAUUCUUCGAAUUCCGGGAUGCAUCAGUGGAAGCCUCGCCCACUCCUGCAGAUGCACCAUUUUUGCAGCGCGUUGAGGUCAAUGCGAUACAGGUCAAGCUUGAUUUUAAGCCCAAGCGCGUUGACUAUGCCGGGCUCCGAUCAGGUCGCACGACUGAGUUUAUGAAUUUCUUUGUGCUAGAUGGAUCUGACUUGGUGCUACGACAUGUCAUUAUCUACGGAGUCUCUGGAUUCGAUCGCCUUGGAAUUACUCUCAACGACAUUUGGACUCCGGAUGUGAAGGCCAAUCAGCUGCCGGGUGUUCUUGCCGGUCUUGCGCCUAUCCGGUCUCUGGUCAAUGUCGGUGGCGGCGUUCGCCAGCUGUUUGUCGUGCCGAUGCGUGAAUACCAGAAAGAUGGCCGAAUCGUGCGCAGUAUUCAAAAGGGGGCAGUGGCGUUUGCCAAGACCACGUCGAGUGAAUUGGUAAAACUGGGAGCCAAACUGGCCAUUGGCACACAAACUGUCCUGCAGGGUGCGGAAGAUUUGCUCGCCUCUCCCCAGGACGCGGCUGCCAUGUUGGAAGAGGAUCAUGAUGAUGACGGAGAAAGCAACAAGAUCUCUCCCUACGCCGAACAGCCACUUGGGGUGGUUCAAGGGCUACGAGGUGCUUUCCGGGGGCUGGAACGCGAUCUUCUUCUGGCGCGGGACGCUGUGGUCGCGGUACCUGGCGAAGUGGUGGAAAGUGGUAACGCCAAAGACGCAGCAAAGGCCGUUCUCAGACGGGCACCUACACUCAUUCUCCGACCCGCCAUUGGAGUCUCCAAGGCGGUUGGUCAAACCCUGCUGGGUGCUGGAAAUAGUCUGGAUCCCAGUAAUAGGCGUAAGAUGGAAGAUAAAUAUAAACGUCAUUAG